UGAUACCUGCCAACUGCACCAUGAAAGCUAAAGGCUCAGACAUGCACUGCAAGGACUGCGUCAAAGUGGCCGUCAGAGUCCGACCGUUCAACAAGAGAGAGAGGGAUGCAGGCAGCCGCUGUAUUGUCUCCAUGGUGUCGAGCUCCAUCACCAUCCAGGACCCGCGUGACUCCCAGAACCGUCGCUUGUUUUGUUUCGACUACGCCUACUGGUCCCACUCCGGCUUCACACGAGACAGCUGCGGCCUCUAUGUGCCCGAAGAGCCCGGGGGACGAUACGCUGACCAGGACAGUGUGUUCCAGGACCUGGGAGAGGGAAUACUGGAGAAUGCUCUGCAGGGUUACAAUGCCACUCUGCUGGCCUACGGGCAAACUGGCUCAGGGAAGAGUUACUCGAUGGUGGGCUAUGGGCCUAACAAAGGCCUAGUCCCUAAACUUUGUGACAGACUGUUUCAGGCCAUGAGAGAAAACCAGGAUACUAGACAGUGUCAGGUCUUUUUCAGUAUGUUGGAAAUCUAUAAUGAGCAGGUGGUUGACCUCCUCUCUCGGGGGUCCCGUACUCCGGGGGGGCUCAGAGUCAGAGAGGAGCAGCAAAGAGGCUUUUAUGUGGAGGGUCUCCGAACAGUCCCGUGUGACAACGCACCACAGGUGGAGCAACUGAUGGAACAGGGGACCAGGACCCGAACCACCGCUGCCACUCACAUGAACGCCAACAGCAGUCGCUCGCACAUGCUCAUUAUCCUCCAACUCAAACAGAUCUUUUCCAAAGAGAACAUCACAAAGCAGUCCAACAUUAACUUGGUGGACUUGGCUGGCAGUGAGCGUCAGCGGUCGUCCGGGUCGGAGGCUGACAGGCUCAAAGAGGGCACAGCCAUCAACCUGAGCCUCACCACCCUGGGCAACGUUAUCAGCUCCCUCGCUGAUGUGGCUGUGGGGAGGAAGGUUGUCCAUAUACCCUACAGAGACUCUGUUCUCACCAAGCUGCUGCAGUCUGCACUGGGAGGCAACAGUCGCACUGUUAUGAUUGCCACGCUGAGCCCUGCUGAUAUCUGCUAUGAGGAGUCUCUUUCAACCUUGCGCUAUGCUGAGAGGGCAAAGCGUAUCCAGAACCGAGCAGUGGUGAACGAGAGCCCCACAGAGCGUCUGGUCAAAGAGCUAAAGGCCGAGAACGCCAGACUGCUGCAACGACUGAGCCGGCUGGGCCAGGAGGGACGCAGAGCUAACGACGAGACCAAGGAGCUUCGUCAGCUGCUGACCCACAAUGAGCUUCAGAUCAGAGCCAUUCAGACUCUGUGGGAACAACACCUGCAGGAGGCCCUGAAGGACUGGGAGCAACAGUAUGCCAACAUCACACAGGAGAGGAGGAUGAUGCAGAUGCAUCCCUACAUCCUGAACAUCAACGAGGAUGCUCAGCUGUCAGGGGUGGUCAAGCUUUUCAUCCAGGAGGGCGAAUGGGACAUCGGCUUGUGUGACUCUUCCCCAAGAUCCAUCUCUAUCAAGGGCUUAGGGAUCCAGGAGCGUCAUGCUGUGUUCAGGAACGAACAACGGCGGGUAACACUGACCCCGCUGGCAGGGUCAAAGCUCAUUGUCAAUGGCAAUGCUGUCUCCCAGACAACUGAGCUGCAGCACCUGGACCGCCUCAUUCUCGGUUCCAACUGUACCUAUCUAUUCAUUGGUUAUCCCUCUGAGAGGGGUGGUGAUGACUGGAGCCGUUACGACUACGACUACUUCCAGUCUGAACUGGCUGCCGCUGAGGGCAUCCACCUGGGUGAAUCCUGUGCUGGCUCCAGUCAGACUGACCCCAGUCUGCUGGCCGUCUUUUACGACUACAUCAAACUGAUGCCCAUGGUGGCUGAGGCCAAUCAGAUGAGCCAGGAGCUGGACAAGGGGGUGGAGUUUAAGUUGGAAAUCAAGAAUCUGGCACUGUCAGAUUCAAAAGGCCACGAUCUGGAGAAGGAGAUUGUUGUCAGAGUCACUGUUAUGGGAAGAAAACAGGUAUGGAUGUGGUCCAAGGCCAAGUUUGUGAACCGUAAAUUCCUGAUGGAAGACGUCUACCAGCAGCAUCAGGCUGAGAAGAGCGGAGACAAUGACCGCCUCAUUCUCGGUUCCAACUGUACCUAUCUAUUCAUUGGUUAUCCCUCUGAGAGGGGUGGUGAUGACUGGAGCCGUUACGACUACGACUACUUCCAGUCUGAACUGGCUGCCGCUGAGGGCAUCCACCUGGGUGAAUCCUGUGCUGGCUCCAGUCAGACUGACCCCAGUCUGCUGGCCGUCUUUUACGACUACAUCAAACUGAUGCCCAUGGUGGCUGAGGCCAAUCAGAUGAGCCAGGAGCUGGACAAGGGGGUGGAGUUUAAGUUGGAAAUCAAGAAUCUGGCACUGUCAGAUUCAAAAGGCCACGAUCUGGAGAAGGAGAUUGUUGUCAGAGUCACUGUUAUGGGAAGAAAACAGGUAUGGAUGUGGUCCAAGGCCAAGUUUGUGAACCGUAAAUUCCUGAUGGAAGACGUCUACCAGCAGCAUCAGGCUGAGAAGAGCGGAGACAAUAGACUAGAGGGGCUGUCUGCAGCUGCGUUACCCAGAGAUAAAGACCCGUUCUGGGAUCCUGUGGAGCCUCUGCUCCUGGGGACUGCUCACCUCUGGCUUCAGUCUUUGGCCUUCCGUAUCCCCCUGGAAGAGCAACUUGAGGUGCUGGGUUCAGAGGGCACAGAGGAGGCCAUUCUACAAGCACAGCUGGUUCCCUGCACUUCCACGGGACUCCCUCUGGGGGAGGAUGACAUUAUGAUCGACCCGUCUGAGUUACUGGGUCGACGACUGGACUUCCAGCUUGUUCUGGAACAGUGUUGUGGCCUCCGCUGGAUCAGAGAGGCCCGCAAUAGAGGGGUCCAAAUUGGUUUCAGGUUGUUUGACUGCUGCCAGUCUCUGUACACUCCGGCCGUGUGGCACAACGUCAACCCUCUGUUGGAUCACAGAGUUCACUUUGCGUCCUUGCACACCUCCCAACGUCUGCUGGACUACCUGCAGAGCAGCGCUGUAGUGCUGGAGCUCUGGGGCCUUCAAGAGGGUUGUACUGGCCUGAUAUCAUCUCUAGAGGGAGUGAGGAUGACUACAGAGGGCGUCUUUAUCAUCGAGGAGGCAGACCCAGCGGACACUGCACCUGUAGACUCUGCAGAGCUCAGCUGUUCAGUGAGAGCUCUUCAACAGGACUUGGAAGAGCUGAAGAGUGUUAAUGCUUCACUGAGAAAAGAAAAUCAUAGUCUGAGAGAACAACUCAACACUGCCAGGAAUGGUGGGGAGAGCGUGCGUGGUCGCUUGGUGCGUCCCAGCUGUGAUGCAGAGUUUGCUCGUGCUCUCAAGGUUUUCUACCACAGCAUGACUUCAGUCAGGGGUCAGCUGCAGCGCCUGCGCAGACAUAGGCCCAGUGAGGAGUCUGACCUGCUGGGGCUCAGACUGUUUGUGGAUGAGCAGAGUCGUCUCCUGAGGGACUUCUCGGAGCAGCUGGAACAGAGCGUCUCCACACUCAAACAAGAUGUAGCCGCCAUCGUCCGCCGGAAACGAGAACGUUCAGGAAUCUGGUCUUGACCGAGACUUGUUUACAGAUUUUCCAGAGUAGAUGAAUGUCUCUGGUCAUUCCACAUUUUACAACACUGCAGAUAUUUCUCCAUUAAGUGUGUAUAGGUUGAAUUCUUGCUGUUUGUAACAUUGUGUUGAUUAACAUUAAGCCAUUAGUGAAACCGGCUUAAGAAAUGUGUUCACAGAACUGAACUAAGAGAUACUUUAAACCUUUUUUUUUAACGUAAGUUUAAAGGAGUAGUUAUAUUAAGAAAUCAAGGAAAACUGCCCAAUUGUUCUACAACUACCAAAAUAUCAUAGUCAUAUGGACGCUCAUUCUCCUGUUUUCUUCUUGGCAGAGGUAUUCCCACCAAACUCUGGAAAGGUUACGAAGCAUGUUAUAUUCUGUUUGAUGUACAAGAUGGGUCACAUUUGUCAUUUGACACAGCUGGAUUUCUUUUUAUCUGAAGGAGCAGAAGUUAACUUUUUUCAGUAAAAGAGGGUACUCAGAUGUCUUCAUCUCUACACAGUCACCAGGCGAGGUAGCAAUGUUAGUCAGUACAUUAUGCAAGUAUAGUAUUAACAUAAUAACAAAAGUACUUAAGUCUAUAAAAAGUUUAUUAGACUGCAUGUAAAAUAAGUCAUUACAGUCCCAAAUAAAUUAAAAGGCAAAUACAAGUCAAGUUUCAGAAUUCACAAUAUUGUUAUGUUUUUUGGACCAUCAUUGAUAAUGUAUAUUUUCAAGCAACUGCAGUUCACUGUAUGACAUCAGAAAUCAAGGAGAAAGGAAAGUUCCUCUUCCUCAUGUCUCACUGUGGCAGACAGAUCAUAGACAAGAAUGAGAUAUCUAAUAGCUGAAAAGGAGAGAUUUCCUCUUCAGUUAAAUGACAGUGUUUACCACAGCAUGUCUCAUUUUAAUGUCCAGUUCAGAGGUAAAAAAUUCUUUAUGUUUGUAAGCAGUCACAAAUUGCAAGAGUACAGACAGUUGCUGUAGGUCCAAAAAAAGACAGGCGCGGGCACAUUUUACAGGAGAGGCAGAAGGCAAAUAUGAGGCAGAUUAGUCAGCGGAUGGGACAGAAAGUCUAUGUACAACAGAUAUGCAGGCAGACAUGUUGAAAGAAGGAAGUUGGUCAUGAGAAACCUAAAACAGGUAUAGACAGACAGGAGGGGAGAGGCAGCAGUGAAAGGCCAGAGAGCUAGGUACACGUGAACUGAAGAGGUAGACAGAAAAAAUCCAACUGUGGGAAGGACAGACAGCUACAGAUAUAUCUACUGAUGUGUCUGCACGAGAGAGUGUGUGUGUUAGAAGGCAGAAGCCAUGAGUCAAUUGAAGUCUGAUUUGGGUAAAAUUUUACAGAAGUUCAGAUUCUUCAGAAAUAAGCACCAACAUUAAGCGAUUUUUCGUGUGGAGUUUCCAACAUUUUUUUUUUUACUUUACAAAAAGCACCCAAUAGUGUGCCUGUGUUUUGUGCAGGUACAGAGAAGGCCAAGGGUACAGGUGAGGUAGGUUAAUUGGGUCUUCAGGGACUGGAGGGGAAAAAAACAAACUAUAGAAAAACAUGUACAAUAAACACUUCCUGUAACAUUUACUUAAACGUAAAAUAAUGCCGGAGAAAAUGUAGCAAUGCGCAGUAAGCAACGGUUUCUUUUUCUCAGUUAAACUGCCAAUUGUCUGCACCUCUUUGGGUAAGUCAGAGUUCUAUGUCUGAACAACACAACAAACAUGAGUAAAGAGCAUGUACAGUAGCAGUUUAGGUAUAUAUCAAGUACAGUGGUGAAAAUUACAUUAGGAAAAAACACUUCCUCUCAAAGAUCAACAGUUCAGCCUCAUGUAUGCAACAAAUUUUAAAAUAAAAGUUGACGCUGU